ACAAAAGGAUGGGACCAGGUCAGAGGAACCCACAUACAAGGACACAAAGAGGGCGAGGCAAGCAUUGACGUCAGCGGAGAGGAUCAGCACCUUACCUCCUUUCCUGAAAAGUGUCAUCUCCCUGAACACCGGCUCACCCCAGGGAUGUGUUCUGAGCCCCCUGUUGUUUACCCUAAUGACCCAUGACUGUCGCCCCAAGUACAGCAGCAACCAUAUCCUGAAGUACGCGGACGACACAACAGUUGUGGGCCUCAUUCAGGACAACAACGAACUGGCUUACAGGGAGGAAGUGCGACACCUUGUGGAUUGGUGCAAGGCGAACAACCUGAUCCUGAACGUUGACAAAACAAAGGAGAUCAUCGUCGACUUCAGGAGAUCCAGACCCAGCCACACUCCACUCAGCAUCAACGACACAGCCGUAGAAGUUGUGAACACAACCAAGUACUUGGGGGUGCAUAUCACGGACAACCUCGGCUGGUCACUCCACACCUCCGCUCUGGCGAAGAAGGCACAGCAGCGACUGCACUUCCUGCGGCGGAUGAGAAGAGCCUCCCUCUCCUCUCCUAUCCUUACCACCUUCUACAGAGGGACUAUCGAGAGCCUGCUGACCAACUGCAUCUCCGUCUGGUCUGGGAGCUGCAAGGCCUCGGACUGGACGUUACUGCAGAGAGUGGUGAGGACAGCGGAGAAGAUCAUCGGGACCCAGCUCCCCCCCAUUAGGGAAAUAGCAAACAGCCGGUGUGUAUCUAGAGCCCAUCGGAUCUGCUCUGACCCCACACACCCCCAGCAUGGACUGUUCUCUCGCCUGGCAUCGGGGAGAAGGCUCUGCAGCAUCCGCUGUAGGACGACCAGGUUCAGAGACAGCUACUUCCCCCUGGCUAUCAGACUGCUGAAUGCCAAAUAAGCCCCUCUAUCUUACUUACAUUAUUAUUAUUUAUUUUAAUUAUUUAAAUUAUUUGGGCAAUUUACUGUUCACGCUGCACUUUACAUUAUGUUGUUCAUAUUUGGUGUCUAUUUAUUCUCCACAUUAUUAUUAUUGUUAUUAUUUAUUAUUACUUAUCUUCUUUUGUGUCUGUUAUUAUAUGGGAGCCAGGCAACGACAUUUCGUUGGCAAUUUCACUACUGUGUUUUUGUGCAAUGACAAUACAGGAAGUCUAUCUAUCUAUGUCUAUCUAUUAAUGUUCAACUUCAGCACAGCAGGUGACAUUAGAACAGCAGAGCAGUUGGCUUCUUCCUGAAUUGUGAAACAAUUUAAAAAGGGUAGAAGUUGUUUUCCACUUUCUGCUCCUCACUACUGUAUUAGCCUAGCUGCUAGCUCAUUCAUAUUAGCAGUAUGUUUUGCAGACAGGAAUAUAAACAAACAUUGAUUGCACUGUUGAAAGUGUCACUUUAACUUUGUUGUUGCUGUACUGUAUUUUUUACAGCAGUAAUUAUUGUUGAAUUGUUUGACUCCACCACUGAACCACUGCUAUUGGAAUUGCAUAGCCCAUGUGAAAGUGGGAGGAAAGUUGUUUUUGAAAAGUUGUUGCUGUUUUAAGAUGGCAAAAAGAAUGAUGAAGAAGUGGUGCAUAGUAAAAAAGACAAACAGCACUUUAGUUGAAUUUACUGCCUAGAAGGUGCCUAGAAGGAAUAAAGCCAAAUCCUUUUUGUAGGACCAUACGGAAUUCCAUUUUUUCCCUUUGCUUAUUUGCAUCAUGUUGAAUUGCAUCAUUUAUUCAUUCAU